UGCACAAUCUGGGGCACAAUCCAGAGGCUGAGAAGGGGGAUGGCCGCUGCGACUGUAAGCGUCUUCUGACAUAGCGGUGCAUCGAGGGGAGACCUAGCUGGCCCCUCUUGCUUGUAGCAGAGAAGCAUCCUGCAUCGUCAGAAACAUUUUGAACAGCGGCGGACGUUAGUCUAUUCUGGUGCCAGCCAAGUAAACAUGGGAGGCUUUUGGGCAGAGGCGGUUCGCCGCGACCCUGAACCCUCUGCGCCAGCCAAAGCCACAAUGAGGAACGAAACCCACAGCCAGAUUAAUGGGAACCCCGUUUCCGAGGAUGGUAACAACCCGUCCGUGUCAUCAGCGGUGGUUACGGCAGAAGCGGACAGCGGGCGAGCAUCGGACACAGAGAAGAGUGGACCAAUGUCUGAAGACGUUGGGGCUAGAGUGCAUGUGAAGGGGAAGGAUGGAGGGCAUCUAAUGACUCUAGUGGUGGACACAAACGCGAUCAUCACUGGAACUAGACUGGACAACAUUGCGGAGAGCCUGGUAACCAUUACCGAGGUGUUUGAGGAGAUCCGGGACAAGCAGACGCGGCAGCUGCUGGCGAGGCUACCGUACGAGAUCGAGACGAGGGAGCCGUCGGAUGCAGCCCUGAAAGAAGUGGUGCGCUUCGCCCGUGCGACUGGCGACCUCCACUCCCUCUCCCCCCCUGACAUCAAGCUCAUCGCUCUGACCUACACCCUCGAGGCCGAGCUCUACGGCACCGCUCACAUUCGCCGUGAGCCCCCCCCAAUCGCAGUGGCCAAAAAGUCUCAGGCCCGUAUGAAGGACCCCCCCGGAUGGGGAAAGGUCGCAAACCCGGCUGAUUGGGCGGGGAUUGACGAGGUGGGCGAUGAUGGGAAACGGCCCGGAUCGAGCAGCGGUUUCGGAAAGGGGGGGUCGAGAAUUUUUGGGGUGAAGCCUUUGGAGGGGGAUAGUGUGAGUGUGGUAAGUUCGAGCGGGGCGGGGGAGGUUUUGAAAGGUGCGGCUGGGUUAGGGCUGGAGGAGGUAUCAACCAGCUUGUCAAAAAUCGGGUUGGAGGGAGGGUUAAUGCCCAAAGAAGGUUCAGCGGGUCUGCCGGAGGUUAGCUUAGAGGAGCAAGGAGUGGGGACAGAGGAGCAGAAAGGGGAGUCGGUCUCAGAAUCGAACAUCGAAGAAGGUGUGAAGUCGGAAGGGAAGGGGGUUCCAAGUGGUUCAGAGGGCGCUGCGGCGUGGGGGGGCUUCAUGGUGGCGCCACCUGUCGCAGUCCCGUUGGCCAGCAACUCCCUUCUCUCUACCAAGCCUGCAAAUGACAGCAGCGCUCCUCAAGCCGUCGGAACCGCGAGCUUCGCAGAAGCGGCGCCUCAAAAGAACGCCCGCCAAAGCUUCAAACAAGGGGGGGGCAGAGGGGGGGGCCGAGGGAGAGGCCGAGGGAGGGGGAGAGGAGCAAAAAUGGCGGCGCUCACAAAGCCGAUUGUGGUGGAUGGGGUUCAUGCAGUGUUAGUGGAAGAGCAGGCGAUCGAGCACGCAGAGGGGGGGGACGAGUGGGAGCGUAACGUGAGCCGUAGCACGCGGAGGAAACAUCAACGGCGGGCCGAGAGGGCGGCGGGGCUCGAGACACCAGGGGGUGUGAAUACAGGGGCCGCAAAUAUGGGGGCUGUAGAGGUUGGGGCGAACUCUGGGGACGGUCCCUCUGCUACUGCCGAGGGUCACGUAGAGACAGAAAGCAACGCUGAGACUCAUGCAGAAAAAGGGGGAGAAGAGAAAGCGGAAAUUGGGGCUGCAGUGGUGUCGAAAGGAGUGGGCUUGGUGGAGAACGAUCAGAAAAGCGAAGCGGCGGCGGAAAGUGUGCGGCAGUCCGAGGGGCCGGCGAGCGCAGAGGGGCCGUCUGGUGCGGAAGCCGAAUCGGGAGGCCAGUUUUCGGAUGCAGAAGAAGACGAAGAAGCGAGCGGUGCCGAGGAAGACGAGCCGGAGGUAGAGUCUCCGGCCGCUGACGUCGACGACACCCCAGCUGACGUCAGCACGCGCGCAGAGCCAGAGGACAGUGGCGAGCCUUCGGGAGCAGCGGAGUAUGAGUACGUUUACAGCGAUCAGGAAAAGGCCCCGGAAUCGAUUCAGGUGGCUUUGCCCCAAGCUUCGCAGGCUGCUUCGGAAGUUGGGUCGGGCUGGGAUGGGGCCUCCUCGGCCGCGGGGCCCGAACGGGAAUCGGAGGUGGCGUGCAUGACCUCAGACUUCGCGAUGCAGAACGUGCUGCUGCAGAUGGGGCUGCGGCUACUGUCGGUGGACGGGCUGGCCAUCUCGCAGGUGCACCGGUGGGCGCUCCGGUGUCAAGCGUGCGGGCAAGUGACCCACGAGAUGGGCCGCAUCUUCUGCCCCAAGUGCGGUAACGGCGGCACGCUCCACAAGGUGACGGUAAUGGUCGGAGAGGACGGGGCGCUCGUGGCGGGCGUCAGGAAGCGCUUCAGCCUACGUGGCACGCGGUAUCCCAUCCCCCUGCCUAAGGGCGGCCGCGAGGGCAAGCAAAGCGACCCGAUCCUGCGGGAGGACCAGCUGCCGUCGCGGAUUCGGCACGGCCUGGGGCCUCGGAAGAAAAAGGGGGAAGUCGACGUCUUCGGCGCAGAGUACGGCCCCGAGACGUGGUUCCAAGCGGUGCCCACGAAGGGAGUGUCUCACAACGCGGUCCACGUCAAGAACGCCACCGCCGCGUUUAACUCGCGGAAGAAUCCGAACGAGCGCAGAGUGGCCCGGAAGAAAUAAACUUGUCUCCGCUUAAGCCUGUAAUUCUGUCAUGCACCCUAGCCCUGAUAGCCGGUGAAAGGGUGCUACUACUUUGAAUGAGCAGCAUGCGGCACAGGGAUAGGAGACGCUUGGAACCAUAAUGUCAUGCGAUUUUAGUGUUGAAAUUAUCCGUACAACCAAAUCAUGCACCUAGUGACGUUUGACAUUGGCU